GCGCCUGGGCCAAGGAGGGUGGGCUCUCUGCAGAAGGACUCGAAGGUGGCGGUGGCGGAGGGUUAGGCCGUUAGAGCUUCUCGAAGGCAGGUGACUAUGAAAGGCUUGUAUUUUCAACAGAAUUCUCCAAAUGAAGAAAUAACAUUUGUAUUUCAGGAAAGGGAGAAUCCCCUUGUCACAGAGGAGAACUACGUGAAGCUCCAGGUCAAAGCUUGUGCUCUGAGCCACAUAAACACGAAGCUCCUGGCAGAACUGAAGAUGGAGAAAGAGUUCUUUCCUGUUGGAAGAGAAGUUGCUGGCAUCGUGUUAGAUGUUGGAAGUAAGGUAUCAUUCUUUCAACCAGAUGAUGAAGUAGUUGGUAUUCUCCCCCUGGACUCUGAAGACCCCGGGCUCUGCGAGGCGGUCCGUGUGCACGAGCACCACUUGGUUCACAAGCCAGAAAAAGUCUCGUGGACAGAAGCGGCCGGCACCAUCCGGGACGGAGUGCGAGCCUACACAGCUCUGCACUACCUGUCUUCCCUCUCCGCGGGAAAGGCGGUGCUGAUCAUGGACGGAGCGAGUCCGCUCGGUACCAUCGCCAUUCAGCUGGCGCUGCACCGCGGGGCCAGAGUGAUCUCGACGGCAGGCAGCCUGGAGGACAAGCAGCACCUCGAGAGACUCCGGCCUCCCAUAGGUGGGCGGCGCUGCUCCAGACUUGAGAAGAACGUUUUGAAGAGAGCAGCACAGUCGCCUGACUCGCUGUCCUUCACAGCCCGAGUGGUCGACGUGUCGCUCGGGAACGGCCGUGUGGCUGAGAGCUGCUUAGAAGAAACAGGGGGCCUGGGAGUCGACAUCGUCCUGGAUGCCGGAGUGAGAUUAUACAGUGAAGAUGAUGAACCCGCCAGGAAGUUACAGCUGCCGCGUAAACAUGACAUCCUCACCCUGCUCGGUGUCGGAGGCCACUGGGUGACAACAGAAGAGAACCUGCAGCUGGACCCUCCCGACUGCCAUUGCCUUUUCCUCAAGGGAGCAACAGUGGCUUUCCUGAAUGACGACGUGUGGAACCUGUCAAAUGCACAACAAGGAAAAUAUCUUUGUAUUUUAAAAGAUGUGAUGGAGAAGUUAUCAAGUGGUGUUUUUAGGCCGCGUUUGGAGGAACCCAUCCCACUACACGAGGCGAAAGUUUCCAUGGAAGCUGUUCAGAAAAAUCAAGGAAGAAAAAAGCAAGUCGUUCGAUUUUAA